AUGGAUUCUUCAUCAUUUCCCGAUGGUGAAACUCAAGAUACAGCAGAAACCUUUACCACACAGUCCACACCUAAUCAAGGGAAAAGGAAGGAGACAAAUGGAGAUACUUCUGGUCAACCCAAUGAAAAGAAAACAGCGGGUAAAAGGUCUAAAGUGUGGAAACAUUUUGAUCCACUUGAGGAGGACAAGGACAAAUGCAUUUGUCGUCAUUGUAAAAGAGUUUACGGUUGUGCAUCAUCCAAAGGGACUUCUAACUUGGGGAAGCAUAUGUUAACCUGCAAGAAGUUGUUGGCAUUUGAAGCAAGUAAGUCUGCAGAUACGAGAGCUGUUACUAAGGAUGGACGAUUGGUGGAAGCAAAGGUUUCAGAGGAUAUCUUCAAAGUGGCGACUGAUGAGUUGCUAGUGUUAGGAGAAUUGCCACUUGCCUUCAUUGAAAGCAUGGCUUGGAGACACUUCUGUAGUCGAGUUAAUCUCUACACACCGCAUUCAAGAAGAACUGCUACCAGAAACAUUGUGAAGAUGUAUGAGGAGAGGAGAGCGGGUCUUAAAGUUUGGAUUGCAGCUAACAAGCAGCGAGUGUCACUUACUACUGACAUAUGGGUGGCUCAAGCAACAGGUGCUAGCUAUAUGGUGAUUACAGCACAUUUCAUUGAUGCAAAUUGGGAAAUGAGGAAGCUAAUCAUCGGGUUCAAGUACAUCACGGAUCAUAAAGGGACCACUAUAACAAGAGUCCUUAUGGAGUGUUUGGCUGAAUGGGGAAUACAGAAGAUAUUCACCAUCACGGUGGACAACGCCACCGCCAAUACAUCUGCCCUAAAGAGGUUUCAGACCCAAUUCAGCUUAGUGAGCGAUGAGGCAUUGGUUUUAGAUGGAGAGUUUAUGCAUAUGAGGUGUUGUGCACAUAUUAUCAACUUAAUUGUCAAGGAAGGAUUGCUAGAGUUAGUUGAUAAUGUGUGUGCCAUUAGGAAUGCCGUGACGUAUGUGAGGGCGUCUACUAAUAGGAUCGACACUUUUGAUAGCCGUGCUGAUAAUGCCAAGGUGACUAGAGGGAGUUUGCCUUUGGAUAUAAAAACUAGGUGGAACUCAACAUACUUGAUGCUGCUACAAGCUAUUAAGUUCAGGAAGGCAUUUGAUAAAAUGGAAGCUGAAGAUCGGCUAUACAAUGAUUACUUUCUCGAACAAGAGAAUGGUCAAAAAAGGAUUGGUCCGCCUACUGAAGUUGAUUGGAAUGCAGUGGAGAGGUUAGUAAGGUUUCUGAUCAUCUUCUACAAUUCUACGUUGAUCGUCUCAGCGUCUAAUUCGGUUAGCUCCUACAAGUGCUAUACUGAGAUAGUUACUAUAGAGAAGAAUCUGAUGAACUUGAGCAAUAGUUUAGACAGAGAGUUGAGUGAAAAGGCUGACGACAUGAGAGGAAAGUUUGACAAAUAUUGGGAUGGAGUGAAGAACAUCAAUAGGCUUCUGAUUGUUGCUAGUGUCCUUGAUCCGAGCAAGAAAAUGCAGUUUGCUAAGAUAUGCUUUGAAAGACUUUACGGCAAAGAUACUGCACAAGCUAAAUGGAUGUAUACUUCAGUCACUGAAGUUAUGAAAUCUCUGUUUGCUGAGUAUAGCACUCGGUCUAAGAAGGAGGCCAUUGUCACACCAUCACAGACGGAUCAAGCAUCAACUUCCGGUGGCCAUGGUUCAUGCUCUGAGAACAUGGAUUUUGUGAAUGAUGAACAGGGGUAUGAAAGGAUGGAUCAAGUUUAUAAGGAUAUGAUCAGUGGUUUAGGCGUUGAAGAUGAACGGUCUGAGUUGGAUAUUUAUCUGAGUGACAAAGUUGAAAAUCCUAAUACUUUGCUUGGAACAGAGUACGAUGUCUUAUCUUGGUGGAAGGUAAAUGCAGGGAAGUUCCCAAUUUUAUCAGAAAUGGCUCGAGAUGUUCUUGCUAUGCAAGUGUCCUCUGUUGCAUCUGAAAGUGCUUUUAGCACUAGUGGCCGAAUCAUUGAUCCGUAUCGAAGUUGUUUAACUCAUUACAUGGUUGAGGUCUUGAUGUGUACUGAGCAGUGGAUGAAGGCUGAGAUUAAGUUAGGCGAGAAAACAUUUGUUUCAAACACGGAGAUGCUUGCUGAUGUUACAUUGCAGGAUGAACUCCAGAAAAUGUAUCCUAGACCCAACUAG